CCUCCCUCCUGCUUCCUCUCCCGAGGGCUGUCCUGGCAGAGGCCCCCCUCGCUCUUUCUGGCGGGAACAGGGCCAGCAGCGAAAGAACAGUCGCAGAGGGAAAGCGGGAAAGAGAUGGGGGAAAGUGUGUGUGUGUGAGUGUGCGCUUGUGUGCAUGUGUGUGCGUGUGUGUGUCAAGGAAAAAAGCUCGCAGUCCAGCAGCCCGGGCCUGGGAGGCUUGUGAGCCGGGCCUUUCGUAAUUGUCCCCUCCCCGCGGCCCCCUCCCCCAGGCCUCCCCCCUCUCCCGCCCUCCCGCCCGCCCUCUCUCCCUCCCUCCUUCCCUCGCAGCCGACGAGGCAGCAAUUAGGCUUGGGGGAUAAAACGAGGUGCGGAGAGCGGGCUGGGGCAUUUCUCCCCGAGAUGGCGGGUCUGACGGCGGCGGCCCAGCGGCCCGGAGUCCUCCUGCUCCUGCUGUCCAUCCUCCACCCCUCUCGGCCUGGAGGAGUCCCUGGGGCCAUUCCUGGUGGAGUUCCUGGAGGAGUCUAUUACCCAGGGGCUGGUCUCGGAGGCCUUGGAGUAGGAGCGCUGGGGCCUGGAGGCAAACCUCUCAAGCCAGGUCCCGGAGGGCUUGCGGGCACUGGCCUUGGGGCAGGGCUCGGCGCCUUCCCUGCAGGUGCCUUUCCGGGGGCUCUGGUGCCUGGAGGAGUGGCUGAUGCUGCUGCAGCUUACAAAGCUGCCAAGGCUGGCGCCGGGCUUGGUGGUGUCCCAGGAGUUGGUGGCAUUGGUGGCGUUGGCGGUGUUGGUGGCUUAGGAGUGUCUACAGGUGCGGUGGUUCCUCAGCCUGGAGCCGGAGUGAAGCCUGGGAAAGUGCCGGGUGUGGGGCUGCCAGGUGUAUACCCAGGUGGAGUGCUCCCAGGUACAGGAGCUCGGUUCCCCGGUGUGGGGGUGCUCCCUGGAGUUCCCACUGGAACAGGAGUUAAGCCCAAGGCUCCAGGUGUAGGUGGAGCUUUGGCUGGAAUCCCAGGAGUUGGACCCUUUGGGGUACAGCAACCUGGAGUCCCACUGGGGUACCCCAUCAAGGCCCCCAAGCUGCCCGGUGGCUAUGGACUGCCCUACAGCACGGGGAAACUACCUUUCGGCUAUGGGCCCGGAGGAGUGGCUGGUGCAGCGGGCAAGGCUGGUUACCCAACCGGGACAGGGGUUGGCCCCCAGGCAGCAGCAGCAGCGGCAGCUAAAGCGGCAGCAAAGUUGGGUGCUGGAGUCCUCCCUGGUGUUGGAGGGGGCGGUGUUCCUGCUGCGCCUGGGGCAAUUCCUGGAAUCGGAGGCAUCGCAGGUGCUGGGACUCCAGCUGCAGCUGCAGCUGCAGCAGCAGCCGCUAAGGCAGCCAAGUACGGAGCUGCUGCAGGCUUAGUGCCUGGUGGCUGGUUUGCGUCCGUGGGGGCCUCCCGCGGGGAAACGGAGGCCCCUUCUCUAGGCUCCCACAUCCUUCUGGGCUGCCCCAGCAGAGCGCGCGGCUCUGCGAGGCAGAUGGGCCUCGCAGCUCCCAGUCGAGAGCUGUCGCUCGGAGAAAGAUGA